AUGGACAUCCAUAACAAAGAGGCUGUACUGGCUCCCGAGGUGUCUCCUUCCCUGACGCCUCCAGAUCUCGAGCAACAACCCAAGAGCGAACCACCGUCCAGUGUACACACAUCAGCCUUCAAAAGUCUCGGCAUCCUUGAUCAAUUCCUCGCACUAUGGAUCUUCCUGGCAAUGCUCGUGGGUAUUUUGUUGGGCAACUUCGUCCCUAGCACGGGCCCCGCCCUCCAGAAAGGCCAGUUUGUCGGCGUGUCGAUUCCAAUAGCCAUCGGAUUGUUGGUCAUGAUGUAUCCUAUUCUGUGCAAGGUCAGAUUCGAGACUUUGCAUCACUCUUUUCGCAAAAGGACCCUCUGGGUUCAGAUCCUUUUCAGCGUCGUUGUAAACUGGAUAGUAGCACCUCUCUUCAUGCUGGGCCUGGCUUGGGCUUUCUUGCCUGAUGAGCCUGGCCUCCGCGACGGACUCAUUCUCGUCGGGAUUGCCAGGUGCAUUGCGAUGGUUUUGAUCUGGACUGGACUGGCUGGUGGCGACAAUGAGUACUGUGCUAUCCUGGUCGCUAUAAACUCUCUCUUACAGAUGGUCCUGUUUGCCCCUCUGGCUCUUCUUUUCAUCAACGUUAUCAGUCACUCUUACAAUGGUGUCGACGUCGACUAUGCUCCGGUUGCGAAGAGCGUCGGCGUUUUCCUCGGUAUUCCCCUCGCCACUGCCAUUGUCACCCGAUUCAGCCUUCGAAACCUCGUGGGCAAAGAUUGGUAUGAAAAGCAAUUCCUGAAAUGGAUUGGGCCUCUGUCGUUGAUCGGCCUCCUUUUCACAAUCAUCGUCCUGUUCGGUUCCCAAGGUCGCCGCGUGGUCCAUCAGAUCGUAUCCGUUGUGAGGGUUGCCGCUCCUCUCAUCGUGUACUUUGCAAUCAUCUUCCUGUCAACCCUCCUGAUCACCAGGAGACUCGGUUUCGGAUACCGACUUGCCUGCACCCAGAGCUUUACGGCGGCGAGCAACAAUUUUGAGUUGGCAAUUGCCGUUGCCAUUGCUACAUAUGGCGUCGACAGUGACCAAGCUCUUGCGGCAACUGUCGGACCUCUUAUCGAGGUGCCCGUUCUUCUCGGACUCGUCUACGUGGUCAGGUGGUUUGGCAGGCGCAAAGAUUGGGCGGCAUAA